AUGUCAUCGGCCAGCAUAGUUCCUCACCGCCGCCGACGGGAUGAAGACGAUGAGGAGAGCGACUCAUCCACGUCUUCAGACCCCUCCCAAACCUCCAGCACCAAACGCCCUCGCCUUGACUCCACCACCCACGACGAUGACUCGAGCUCCGCAGACGAAGCGGAUGACGAUACAGAUACCCAACAGGCCCCUGAUUUACGGCUCUCGCAACCACCGAGUACUCAAAAUGUGCUUGGUCCAGGCGGCUACAAGCCCGGCGCGAUCGUGCGGAUCAAGGUGACCGACUUCGUCACGUACACCUCGGCGGAAUUCUUUCCUGGACCGAAAUUGAACAUGGUUAUCGGACCGAAUGGAACGGGUAAAAGUACACUUGUUUGUGCGAUCUGUUUAGGUCUCGGAUGGGGCCCGACGCAUCUGGGACGAGCCAAAGAAACGGGGGAAUUUGUCAAACAUGGUUGCCGAGAAGCAACCAUCGAAAUCGAACUAGCAGGACCGCCGCUAUUUCGCCAGAACGUUGUGAUCACCCGAAACAUCAAGCGCGAUGGCAACAAAAGCACGUUUACAAUAAAUAAGCGGCCGGUCUCUAAAGCAGACGUGCUGAAGGUUGCGCAAAAAUUCUCCAUCCAGGUCGACAACCUGUGCCAGUUUCUCCCACAAGACAAAGUCGCCGAGUUUGCUGCUCUCACGCCGGUCGAGCUUCUGCAUUCUACGCAGAGAGCUGCGGCGGGCCCGGAGAUGAUCCAGUGGCACGAUGCCUUGAAGAAAUUGAGAGUCGAGCAGAAACGUCUCGACAUGGACCAUCGAGCCGAUAAGGAUGUGUUGACAAACCUCGAGAACCGACAGGAGAUGCAGCGAGCAGACGUCGAGAGAAUGCGCCAGCGAACGGAAAUCCAGAGGAAGAUCGAGAUCCUCGAAUUCUUGCGUCCGGUCCUGGUGUAUAAGGAUCAUCACAAAGCUCAAGCGGAAGUGACAGCAAGAAAAGAAGAGCUCUCAGCGGAGUACGACCAACUUAACAGAGAGCUUGAGCCUGCCAUGAGGGCCAUCACGGCAAAGGAGACCUAUUCUGAACAGCUGGGCGAAGUCAAGAAACACCAACGGGAGACUGUUUCAAGUCUUUCUCGGGCUGCCAAGGCUGGCUCAGACAAAAUCGAUGAACUUCGGGACUCUAUCAAGGACCUGAACGGACAGAUUGAGGCCGAAAGGAAAAGCAGCCAAAAGCACAAAGCUGAAGCGACCACUACGCAGCAGACCAUCAAUAAAUUGCGACGUCAGCUGGAAGAAGAAGCUGUGGAGUUUGAUGUGGAUUACUACAACGAGAAGCUGAAGGAAAAACGACUCCAGGGCCGAGAUCUCGAAACACGGGCUCGGGAAAUCAAGGACAAACGAGCCCCUAUCAUGGAAAAGAUAUCGGGACUUGAAGGGAACAUUCGGGAUGCUCAGCGACAACUGGACAAUUUGAAUUCUGUUUCAGGACGACAGGAAGCAAAGCUCGAGAAACUCUCAUCCGACUCCCACAAAGCUUAUCAGUGGAUCCUCAGAAACCAAGACAAGUUCGAAAAAGAGGUCUUUGGCCCGCCACUUGUUACUUGCUCUGUCAAAGAUCCCAAAUACGCCGAUGCAAUGGAAUCUUUGUUUCAACGGGCCGAUUUCACAGUUUUCACAGUGCAGUGCCGUCAGGAUUUCCGCACUCUGCAGCAAGCACUGACCAGAGACUUGGGACUCCAUGACUUCAGUAUCAAAACCUGCUCGAUAGAAUUGUCUUCAUUCCAAUCUCCGUUCUCAGACGAUGAACUGCAUCAACUCGGUUUUGAUGGGUGGGCCAAAGACUACCUCAGCGGCCCCGAGCCUGUUUUGGCUCUGUUCUGCAGUGAAAAUCGAAUGCACCAGACCCCCAUAUCUCUCCGGGACAUCUCGGACGAGGAAUUUGCCCGAUUGGAGAAGGGAAGCCUCAGUUCUUGGGUAGCUGGGAGGCGCAGCUAUCAAAUCACUCGACGACGGGAGUAUGGUCCGGACGCAACAUCGACUCGUGUUCGUCAAAUCAAACCUGCGCAAGCUUGGACUUCGCAGCCUGUCGAUGACUCAGUCCGACGCGGGCACCAGCAGAAUAUCAGUAUGUGGAAUAGCGAACUACAGGAAGCCAAAGCUACACUGGAACGCGAGAGAGCGGUUUUGGCGGAGGUCAAGGCCAGCUACGAACAGAACGAGCGAGAGAAGGAAGAGAUUGAAGCCGAGAAGGCUGAGAAGCAGACGGCACAUACACAGCAUCGAGCUAUCCCUGAGAAGAUCAAUCAACAGGAGACCAAAUUGAACGGUCUGCAGGAACUCUUCCAAGAAGUUCGGCAAAGAGUGCUCAACAUUCGCAACCGACAAGAUGAGAUCUCUAUCGAGAAAGCCGAGGCAACUCUCGAAUAUGCGGAUACCGUUCAAGAACUUCAAGAAGCCCAUGAGGAACUCAUCAAAAUUGAGAUCCUGCAUAUCGAAGCGACGUCUGAUAUUGCGACCCUGCGACAACGCCAGAGUGAUAGUACUGCGAUUCUUGGAGAAAAGAAAGCUCAAUUGAGGAACAUAAUUAACGAGGUCAACGACAUGGCUGUAAGGAGACGAGAGCUCCAUAAAAAGGCGAAGGCUGUCUAUCGCACCGCCGGAGAACAACCUGACGCAGAGGCUGUGCUCGCCAGCCUUGGCGAUCACGACUUGAACCGGCUCAACGCAGAUAUCGAUUCUGAAAAGGCGCGCCUCGAACUCACCCAUGGAGGAGACAGCAACACGAUCCGGGAAUUCGAGGAGCGUGAAAAGCAGAUCGCGAAAUUGCACGACAAGCUCAGCCAAUUCCAGACCAAAUUGUCUGAAAUCGACACUGCCAUCGCCGAGAUUCGACGCAACUGGGAGCCCAGACUGGAUGCGCUUAUCCAAAAGAUCAGCGAUGCGUUCGCGGAUUCCUUCGCGCGCAUUGGAUGUGCCGGCCAGGUCAGUUUGGACAAGGUACAAGCAGAGCCCGGUCCGAAUGGCGAGCCCGGAGGCCACGAUUUUGACCAGUGGUCAAUUCAAAUCCAUGUCAAGUUCCGCAACCAAGAGAACCUCUCGCUCCUAAACUCCCACCGGCAGUCCGGUGGUGAGCGAGCCGUGAGUACGAUCUUCUAUCUCAUGGCGUUGCAGUCACUUUCCGCAUCACCGUUCCGCGUUGUCGAUGAGAUCAACCAAGGAAUGGACCCACGGAAUGAGCGUAUGGUACAUGGUCGCUUGGUCGAUAUCGCCUGCGACUCCGAGUCCGAGGAUGGCAGCGGAGGGGGCCAGUACUUCCUCAUCACACCGAAAUUACUUACUGGACUGGCCUACAAGCCCGGCAUGAGGGUGCUUUGCAUCUACAGUGGUGAGCACAUGCCGACGGACUACGCCCAGCUCGACUUCAAGCUGGCGAUCCGGAAUAUGAAGGCGAUUAGGGAGAAGAGCGGACAAAGCACCGGCACCGGCCAGGCCAUCGCCAGCAGUAGCCGAGUGGAUGUCUAUGCCUGA